ACUCGUCAUGCAUCUCUGUCCAACUCCUCCUGUCCCUACUCCCUCUCUCGUUUGGUGUUUGCCUCUUCGUCCUUGUCUUCUCAAGGUUGCGCGCUCCCAUGGGUUACGAGGUUUAUGUGUAGUAUGCUGCGGCGCACGUUAUGCCGUCGCAUGAUGCAGCUGCAUGCGCAGCCCACCCCAAACCCGCUCUGCCACUCCUUCACUAUCCCGGCGGACAGCUUUGAGAGCUUUGUGCCGCAAGGGCAGUCGUGCGAGGUGGCACACCGCGGCCUGGCGUGGGUGCACCCGCUCUCCCAAGGACUCUUUGAGCAGUACUCGCAGGAGGUGAUGAGCGUCUUUAUCGCCCCUCGGCACGUGUCCAUCUCCGUGUACACGAAUGUGGAGUGGUCUAAAAUCGAGUGGAGCAUCAGCAGCUUCCUGGGGCACUACCUCAUCUUCAAUAAUACGUGCAUCUCUCCUGCAAAGGAGUACACUCUCAUCGAGGAUGACCUAGAGCUGAAGGACACCGACUCCGAGGUGCUACAAUGCAUCAAGGAGCUGCUGCGGGAGCAGGUGCGUCCGAUGGUCCAGCGCGACGGAGGCGACGUAAAGCUGCUGAACUUCAACGAGAAAACGGGUGUUGUGUCCCUUGCGAUGCUUGGUGCCUGCAAAACGUGCCCCUCGUCGCAGAACACCCUCAAGGACGGUAUCGAACGCGUCAUGAAGCACUUUUUGCCCGAGGUGACAGAGGUGAUCGAGGACAAGGAGCACCAGUUCUACGAGGACUACGGGCUUCUUUUCGACUCAGAGAAGGCGCUCUUCAAGGAGGCCGCGCGACUAGAUCGAGAGCGGCAGGCGCACCUUCGACACAAGCUAACCCCCACGGUUCUCUCCUAUGACGCUCUCAACGAACCGGAUGGCGAUUGA